UUAAUUUUUUUCUCCCCUCUUCCUGCAUUUUUGGGUUGACUUUUUGGUCUAGAAUUGGAGAAAAGGGAUCAAAUUUGCAAUUUCAUAGCAGUUUUGGGUAAUACUGAUGAUAUUACAGCGGAGGGAUAGGGGGUGUAAAGUGUCUUUCUGCAGAGCAAUCAUUGUGUCGGAAGUGAGAUUUUCACCCCUGUCAACUUCAAAUCCGUGUAGCAAAAAAUCUAAAUGGUCAACCCCCUACAAAAUUAUGAUGAGGAAAUUGCCAAAUGUUGUCCCCAUUGUGCCUAUAAAGAUUGGAACCAACGGAAUGUUGAGCAAAAAGCUACAGCCUGUGAUGUUACAGUCAUUUAACAUUGAAGUCAAUGGGCAAAUAAUUGCUAGUCUGAGACCAUUUCUGUGCAAGAGUUACCCCCCGUUCGCUACUUUCGCUUACAGCAAAUGAGCACUGAAGGUUGUCAUGAUGUUAUUAAAAUAAACGAUCGCCCCUACUAAAGUGAAACAAGAAAGUUGGAGUUAACAGUCUUAUCUGUUUGGGAUGACAGUUCACGAAGGAAGCUCACCUGACUAAUUUGAUGAAUAAUAUUGUUGGAAAGAAGAGAUAGGAGAAGCCCCAGUUUGUGUUUUUGAAGUAAUAUAAAGCAAAGAAAAAACAAUCAUGGCAUUACAACUUGUGAAAAUGAUGGAGACAUAUCGAGGAAGAGAUAGAGUAAUGCGAUUGGGAACAUAUAUAUGUAUGUUAGUUGGAGGUAGUGGACACUCUCCUAUUAAUACUAAAUUUAAUAUAGUAUCUGGAGAAUUAAAUGCAUGUCGUACUACAUUGAGACUGUUUGAUGACUUGGCUAUGUUAGCUUUUAAUAUGAGAUAUGGACUUGGCAAAAAGGAGAAAAAUCCAGUGUUAAGGGGUCUAAAUAUAUUCACAAAUCUGUUAUAUCAGAGUUAUUAUGUUGUUGAACAUAUAGCUUGGUUCUCUGAUAAAAAAUUACUAAAAAGAUCAUCAGCACCGUAUUGGGCAGCAGCAGUUACUAUGUGGGCAGUGUCAUUAGUAGCAGAAAUAAUCAAAGCUGUCUUACAACUGGUGCAAAAUCGAAAGAAUCAAGUGGAUUUAAGAAAACGACUUUGCUUAGACCAAGAGGAAUAUGGAUCUGUGUCUGAACAGAAUGAAGAAAUACGUAAAGAAUUACGAAAACUGAAAGAAGAGGAAAUGGAUAAAUUUCUUCUUAUCAUUCAAUCAUGUGCCGAUCUUUUAAAUGCAAUAAACUGGACACCAGGGGGCUAUUUAUGGUCAGGUAGAUUCUCAUCAGCUCAAUCAGGAAUAUUUGGCAUUGUUUCAAGUAUUAUGUUACUUUAUAGAAACUGGCCGUCAGAAUGAAAUUGUUUAUAAAAUUAUAUGCGCAAAAACUGUUGGGAGUACAUAUAUCCAUCAAUAAAAUGCAACAAAUUAAUUUGUCUAUGUUGCUAAAAUGUGUACGUUUAGAGAACGCGACAAAUUUAUGUGUCUAUGUUGCUAAAAUGGGUAUGUUUAACUUUGGUAGAGUGCCCCACCAUAAAUAAAUAUCUCCAAAUAUCUCGACAAUUACACCACAAUAUUUAUAUAUACACCUAGCCUUAAAUCAGUUUCAAACAUUUAUAGUCACUAAAUAAACGGUCAUGCUGUACUUAAUAAGCUAUGACCAUUUAAUCAUCCAUAAAUAAUACACUGAAAGAUGGUUACGAGUGUAGGCCAUAACAUCCGAGCAUAUGUGAGUAAAAAAUAGAUUAUGUGCCCUCGUUUUGAAAGUAGUCUUGCUUAACCAGUCUACCGACCAUUCUACGUUUGAUUGCCAAGCCGGGAUAAUCAAGACUACUUUUUUACGAAACAUAGCAGAAAGCUGGAACAAAAAAUUAAUUUAGGAACACGCACGUUGGGCAACUCAACAAUUGUUUUAAGAACCUUGUAAAAGUAAAAUGAAACUAGUGCUAGUAUCAUGUUCUUGCCCAAUGCAAGUAUUUCAGAGAUCUUGUACUAAACCAAAAGAUGCCACUCCCAACGGUACAAUUAAUGGUCAUGCCACUGAAGCAUGUACAUUCGCCGUGUCGAGACCAACUUUCUGUACAGAAAAUUUUGGGUGCACAGGUCACCCUACCUUUGGACCUUAUAGAGUUAAUUAUGGUUUAUGGAAUGGAAUAUGUGCCUACCAAAGAUAUCAGGACACAUCUAAUCAAUGUGGCAUGAAGAUUUCUGUUAUGUUGGUGAUAAUAGGAUCUAUUGUUAUGAUUUACAUGAUUUACAGUGUAAUCAGUAUAUAUUAAAUGUAAUGCACCUUUCGAUUAAGAUAAACAAUACUAGAAUUAAUUCCAUAAAUACUUUAAUUAUGAUAUAUACAUGCUAUAAUACCCAUAUAGCUUUAUGUAUUAUAAAUUGUAUCUAUAUUUAAAAAGUAGCCUAAUCAUAACACUAUUUGUUUCUUUUGUUUAUUCAAUUAGUAAUUAACAUAGUAUGCAUUAUAUUAAUUCACAUUUGUAUGUUUGUAAUGUAUGUAUAAAUGGGGGAUAGCAAGUGGAUGAACACAUACAAUGUAUAUAUAUUGAAAGUUUGGACUCAAUUGAUUGUACUUUGUUAUUGUUUACAAUAAUUUAUAUAUAUAUUUUUAUCACAGAGAAUAUUUUUUAUGUAACAACUAGCAAAUGAAUGUACUAGUAUUCUUUGUAAAUUACAUAUUUUUUUUUUUAAAAAAAUGUUUCUCUUUUAUAUAUGUAUUUAUUGUUUUAAUAGCUUUAUUUCUGAGGAUUAAUAACUUUUCGAGGCCUUUAUACCUUUGCUAAUGAAAAUUACAUCAGACUCUGGGUAUAGUUAAAAAGCUAUAGAUGUGCAUUCAUGUCAAUGGUUUUUUUUUUUUGGUUUUUUUAUCAUUGUGAGGAAUUCUUAUUUCAGAAUCAGAUCCAUGACAUUCCCACAAUGAAAAAAUAUCGUCCAUUUAUUUGAUAUUUGUAUGCCACGGAAAUCCAAAUAACAGUACGCUAUAGCACUCCUGUCAAUGCUCGUCUUUAUUAGACGGGUUGGUGUAGGAAAGCAAGACGUUAACCGCCGUUUCAUACUCUAUACAGUCACUGAGAAUAAACUGAAUCAAGCAAUAAUUGCUCCCUUGCUAAAUAGA